GUCCGUCCCGACACAGAACGAUAUCCUCGUUCCUGAGACUCUCCUGAAGAAGCGCAAGUCGCAGGAGAAGGCCCGCGCCGAGCGCGCUGCUGAGCAGGAGAAGCAGAAGAAGGUGGGUCUUCACAUUUGCUUUCGGUUAUCAUGGGACGAUAUGAUGCACAAAACACCUAGCGACUAGACCCACGUCAAUGCUGUUGCUAAACUUAUACCAUCUUUCGGGUCUGAUCGAGUUUCUCGAGGAUGUUUUGCUGGACGUGUUGAGAGACAAUGAGAGUUUCGCUGACACAAAUACACAGGCCAACAAGGAGAAGCGUGGCGUCAUCUUCAAGCGUGCUGAGAAGUACGUCAAGGAGUACCGCGACGCUGAGCGCGAGAGGAUCCGCCUCGCGCGCGUUGCCAAGCAGGAUGGCUCUUUCUACAUCCCCGCCGAGGCCAAGCUGAUCUUCGUCAUCCGCAUCAAGGGUAUCAACAAGAUCCCGCCCAAGCCGCGCAAGAUCCUUCAGCUUCUCCGCCUUCUUCAGAUCAACAAUGGUGUCUUCGUCCGCGUCACCAAGGCUACCGCCGAGAUGAUCAAGGUUGUCGAGCCGUGGGUUGCUUACGGCUACCCCAACCUGAAGAGCGUCAAGGAGCUCAUCUACAAGCGUGGAUAUGGCAAGGUCAAUGGCCAGCGCAUCGCCCUCACCGACAAUGCCGUCAUUGAGGAGAACCUCGGCAAGUACGGCAUCAUCUGCAUGGAGGAUCUGAUCCACGAGAUCUACACGGUUGGCCCCAACUUCAAGCAGGCCUCCAACUUCCUGUGGCCCUUCAAGCUCAGCAACCCUACCGGCGGCUUCCGUCCCCGCAAGUUCAAGCACUUCAUUGAGGGCGGUGACCUGGGCAACCGGGAGGAGCACAUCAACGCUCUGAUCCGGCAGAUGAACUAAAAAGGUGGCUUUUGGUAGUCUUGCGGUUUUGGUCUCGGUCAUGGGCAAUGGCAUGGGUGCUCGGCGUUAUAUCGUGAAAGCCAGGGCGGCUCACAGGGCAUGAAUUUAACAUCGUCUCGUUCUUGGGCGCUAUAUUCGAUCUCACCCUGGGACGCGUGACUAGUUUGCUUCCCAUUGGCCAAGCACGGCCGAAUGC